AUCCCCCACCACCACCGACGCCACCGCCGCUCCUCGCCACAGCGCCGCCUCCAUCUCACCCGCGGGUCCACGGCGGUUCGCACCGAGGGGCUUCUUGGGGGGUAGCUCAGGGGAGGUCCCAGUGACACUCAGCCCCCCGAACAGACCCCCCCCAUCCAUCAUCCUGUCAUCAAUCCACCACUCUCGCACCAGCUCGCCAUCGCUGCCCUCGCGAUGGCUGGGAAUGUCGCGGUCGUCGCCUUUACAAUGGCGCUGAUGUUCUCCGUCUGCCUGGGUGACGCCGCCGCCACGCAGGCGGAGUUGGAGGACGGGCUCGUGGAAGACGACGUGGUGGACGACGACGCGGUGGAGUCGGACGGCAUGGUCGAGAUUCCUGGCGGCGUGUUCCGCAUGGGCACGGACGCGGAGGACGCGCGCGACGGGGAAGGCCCCUCCAGGCCGGUGGCGGUGGCCUCCUUCCGGCUGGACCGCCGCCCCGUCACGAACGAGCGCUUCAGGGAAUUUGUGCGGAGUCGGAGGUACCGCACGGAGGCCGAGGGCUUCGGCUGGAGCUUCGUGUUCCAGGACUUCGUGCCGGAGGAGCUCAAGAGUAAAGUGAAGCAGAAGAUCGAGAGCGCGCCCUGGUGGAUGCCUGUGGAGAGAGCCUACUGGCGGCAGCCGUUCGGCCCGGGAUCAGGGAUCCGCGACCGCCUCGACCACCCGGUGGUGCACGUGAGUCUGCGCGACGCCGCCGCCUACUGCUCCUGGGCCGGCAAGCGUCUGCCCAGCGAGGAGGAGUGGGAGCGCGCCGCACGGGGACACCGGCUCGUCACCGCAAGCGAGUACCCGUGGGGACAGAACUUUGAGACUGGACGCGCCAACCUCUGGCAGGGUGCUUUUCCCGAUGCAGACGCCGCGGCGGACGGAUUCCACGGCACUAGCCCCGUGGACGCGUUCCCGGCACAAACCGACUUCGGCCUACGCGACAUGGUGGGCAACGUGUGGGAGUGGACCGACUCGGAGUUCGCCAACCCCGGCGCUCGCUCCCAGCCGAUGAGCGUGCUCCGCGGGGCGUCCUGGAUCGACACGGCCGACGGCUCGGCCAAUCACAGGGCACGCGUCACCACGAGAAUGGGGAACACCCCCGACUCCGCCUCCGACAACCUCGGCUUCCGCUGCGCCCGAUCUCUCGACGACGGCCGGGCCACGGAACCGCGGCCACGCGGCCGGCCCAACGAGCUGUGAGCCGCCGCCACCGCCGCCGCCGGGCCAUCGGCGUGCCACCGGAGCCAGCGUCGCCGCCCUCCGAGGGGGGAGGACGGAUCCCCGUCGCGGCACGCCGAUCGCGCUUUGAGCGCGCCGAUCGCCACGGUCACACCUCGGCCAUUGUUGGCGAGGACACGGCAGCCGCGGGGCGGUAGCGGGCGCGAGAAACCGAUUAAAGCGCCCGACUCGCACCAACCGGACUUUUCACAUUGCUGCUUCCCGGGAGCCUGCAAAUACGAACGCAACGUCCACACACGCGGCUUUUGACGGCAGCAGCGGAAGGAGCACGCCAAGCCGAACAGGCGGACGCUUGCAGUCGAGCCGCGGGAAACCGUCAAGGCAAGUUGCGGAGCGUCAUUGGCAUGGGGCCCUGAUUGCAGGCCCGGCACCUGGGCCCCUCCGGCCUGUGGGCCCCAGCGAAGUUGCACCGCCCGCACGCUUGAUCGCUACGCCAACGGUUAACGCGAAGCCCCCCCCCCCCCCCGCACUGGGGGGAGUGAUGGUUGUCACACGGGGUACACGGGUCCCUUACUGGGUUUACAAUUAGUAGUCCUGCAUUUGUGCUGGAAUAGGUGGCGUUAAUGUCUCGCCCAGGACCAACGGUAAUAUUUCACCAUCACGAUUACGGCUGUCGUCUGUUCCGCUGCCGGAUGAGGAAGGCCUCGGCACGUCGUCAUCAACAUUAUUAAAUAAAAGAGGUGAAACGGA